AUUUUGUUUCAGCUCCUGAAGUUAUAAGUUUUGACCCAAUUCUUCUGGCAAGUGACAUGUGGUGAGUACAAUCUGUUUUAUAUUAUCUACUUUGCAUGGUAUACGUUCUGAAAUGAUGGCAGAAUGACAUAAUCAUACAGUCAGGGGUAUGACCAAAAGAAGGGUUAUAAAACGGAGUUAAGAUUUCGGAGAGUUCGUUUGAGUUUCCAAUGACCACACUCAAUUUCUUAUUAAUAACUUUCCCGAUGUUAUACCUUUCAACUAACAUGCGAGAGUGAAAUCUGUCGUAACUCUCUUUCGUCAAAACCUAAACAUUUACGAGAGAGUUAACAGUACUUGCUUGUUUCAUGGCUUGCCAGUCUCCUAUAUGUUUAAUGUGAAUGUUCCCUGAUUACGUCGUAUUAAUUUGAAAAAAAUCAAAAUAUUUAUGUUUUAAUCUUGCUGUAGAUGGGAAUGGAUACAAAACUCAUAAUUCGUUCUAGUUGCUAACAAGCUUUUAACUUUUUAUUCUAGUAAUCAACGGCCGAAAUUCAAAAAGUCCUGCCAUAACAGAGAGGGGACCUAAUGUCUGGUAGCGAGUUAACUUUAUAAUAAUCAAUUAACUCUCGCCUUGCUUUCCAACUAUAUAUAGUAUAAUGUUCCGCAAAACUCGCAAAUAAUGGCCCCACCUCCUAAUACUUAUAUUCAUUCGUAAGCAUUUUUUGAUGGGCUUAUACAUGCGGGGGGGGGGGCUUAUAUAUAGAAGGAGGGGGGCUAUAUACAGACGACAUUUGAUGUUCACGGUACCUUAUAUAACAUCGAAAACCUUUCGCUUAAAAAUACCAGUAUUUUUGGAUUAGUCCGAAGAAUUCCGAUGUCUGUCCCGCGAGACAAGCAGCUCGCACGAUGUCUCCUAAACACAUAACAACAGAGAGUUACGAAAUGUUAAAGAGGCGGUUAAGUCUGUUCAGCGAUUGUGCAGUUUGUUUACAUUGUAACUCUCCGAAAUCUUAAUUAACUGUCCGAUCUAACUCUCCCCUUCGUUUAGCCGUUCCCUGCUGUUGGUAUUUGUUGUUAGGCUAGAAGUUUGUUGUGACUGUUUGUACUGCAGGGCGUUUUUGCGGUAGUGGUUCACAAAAGGAAACAUAAAUUAUGGCACAAACUGAGAAAAUGUAAAAUGGUGGGAUUUGCUAUUGCAUGCAUGUAUAUUUUAAUGCAUCAUAUGUCUCAUAUAGCGGCAACGGCUUCCCGCAUUUUGCGAUCAGCUUAAUUGCAAAUUACUUUGUUUCCACUUGUCUGACAAGCGACAGCUUUCCAUGGAGUUUAACAUAUGCUUUUAAUUUCUCCUCUCUUAUUAUUGUAGGAGUGUUGGAGUGAUCACUUACAUUUUGUAAGUAUGGAAAGAAACAAUGGUGGAACUGCUCAAGUUUCAAAAUUACUUUUUGAAUAUCUUUAAAAAAAAAUUUAAAAAUCCGGCUUUGAAUAAAUUCGUUCAUAAAUUUGAGUAAAUAUAUUUAUAAAAUGUUAACAAUUGCCUGCUAAUUUUUUUGUUACUGUGGAUGCAUUAUUGUACUCAAGUUUUUUAGUCAAAAUACUCAGGGAUUUUUGCAGUGUGAUGGUAUAUACUUUACUUCAUCAUAGCUAGAGUAAUUGGUAUAUACACUUUAAGUUUCCUUCCAUAUCAUUUCAUUGUGGUAAUUUCUUUGAUUCUUCACUUGCAUUUCUAUGACUUUUUAGACUGAGUGGUCUUUCGCCAUUCAUGGGUGAUGAUGACAAUGAAACAAUCAGCAAUGUCUGUGCAGGAGAAUGGGAUUUUGACACUGAAGAUAAUUUCUUUGAUGAUGUCAGUCAAAUGGCCAAAAACUUCAUAACUGAACUUCUGAAAAUGAAUCCAAAGUGAGUUAUGUAGGAUAUCGGGUUGAUGUUGUAUAGCAGAACCUCCUAACAUGGACCUUAACGUGGACUCUAUACAGCAAUCAUUUGAGAUAUUUUUAGUUCAAAAUAUAAACUUGUUUCGAGAUCCAUCUCUCAAGGGGUUAGCGGUGCCCGCAGCGAAAAACGGCGCUAAAUGAGAUAGACUAGAUGAGAUGGACGUGGAUACCCCUAGGGCAGUCCUGAAGGACGGACUUGAAAAAAAGCUCUUUGAAGUUUUCUUUGACUAUACGUUGCAAUUAUUCGAAUCAUUCACACUUAAAUACCAGCCACGUCCUUACUAUAUUGGGCACUGUGGUCCAUUCAAGGAUUUCUAUAGUCAGUGCUAGUUUAAUUGAUACCUUUAAUUAGACUUGUUUCAAGUUGACUUGAAACAAGUGUAAUUAAAGUUAUCAAUUAAACAAGCACUAUAGAAAUCCUUGAAUGGACCACAGUGCUCAAUAUAGUAAGGACGUGGCUGGUAUUUAAGUGUGAAUGAUUCGAAUAAUUGCAACGUAUAGUCAAAGAAAACUUCAAAGAGCUUUUUUAGAGUUCACAAAAUUUAUGUAUUGUAGUGUGUUAAAUAUACAGACUAUAGUAUAUUCCAGUACGUUUUGCACACUUUUUUGGCUUAGAAAUUUCACCACUUCGGUCAAACUGUUGUUUACUUUUACAUUUCGUAAAAUGUUGUUUUAUGCUGCAUGGAAACAGCUUUCUUACCUUUCUACUACCAUUUUGCUAGAGAAUUAACCUCCACGUUAUAUUCGCAUUUUAUAGGGAUAGAAAUACUGUGGAACAAUCUUUAACUCAUGAUUGGACACAGGUAAAUAUUUCAUCAACCCACAUUAACCCAUUAAAGCGCAAGACUCUCCCGUUGGCGUUAGUCAGAAUAAAAUCAUCUGUCGUUAGACAGGGUAGACUGUAAAAAUCGUGUACCAAAUAACACAAAUCACACUGACUCAUAUAACAUAAUUGGAAUAUUAAAUAAUAACUAUUUGAUAAAAUUUAAGCUAAAAAAGUAUGCAAUAUAUACCAAGCAAUACAAUAAUAUAUGUUUCUGUACUGUAACAAAAGUGCACCAUUAAAACAUUGUUUUGAAAACCUAGUUUUUUUACAAAAUGUGUUCUCAGAAUGCUGCAAAUGCCAUUUCCGGGAUCCCCCGAACCCCCCUACAAUUCUUGUGCCUUCGGCACGAGCCCCCCCCCCAAUAUUUCAUAAAGUGUCCGCCACUGGGUAAAAUAAUGAAGUAGGGGCUAGGGCGCAUUCGGGCCCAUUGCAGCGUAAUGGGUUGAGAUUCGUACUACUUCACGUAGUUUGAAUAUUUCGUUCUUGUUUUGUUCACCAGAAAGCACCUCGUUUGGAAAUGAAAAAACUAAAGACGGAUAACUUGAAAAAAUUCUUAGCAAGACGGAGAUGGGCGGUACGUAAUUAAAAUUCAGGUUGAUUUAAGAGAGAUAUUACUUUUAUCUUCUCUUUAAAGCGUCAUAAGUUAAUGUCUCAAAUUUAUCGAUCCACCGUCCAGAAACAAUUGCCAAAACCUGCAAUAUCCCAAGGAGGUCAUGCGAACGAAAUUGACUGUUUUUUGUUCCCAUUUAAUCUUGUACUUUUUUUAUCAGUACGCACCUUUCAAUCUCAUGACAAGCUUAUACUAAAGUGAUAUACCAUUGAAAAAUUGAAAUGGUUGAAAACACCAAAUUCAUGUAUUUUCUCGUCACAAAUUACUAUAAACAGAUUAGAGACGUUCAAACACCAUAAAUUUUGGCAAAUCUUGAUAUGUUAAACAAAUGAGAAACGCUCCGGAGAACGUUCUGAUAUUUAACAGACCUUGGCUACCUGGAAGGUGCUCUACAUAUUUUUCAAACCUUGUUAUAUCCAAUGUUAACGCCAAAUUAACAGGAUUUUGAGCAUCUCACUCAAUAGAGAUAAAUGUCGAAGGUUUUUUGUAAAUGGAAAUUUCUAGUAUAAAUUUUUAUACAUUUUGAGACCUAACCUUGCCGGAUACCCAUGGCUAUGAUGUAAUGAUUCAAAUCCGACUAUGAGGAUUGGACUAGAUUUCAAGGACAUCUAUCUUGAAGUCUAUUCCAGUCCUCAUAAUUGGAUUUGAAAUGACAUCUCAUACGAAUAAAUCAAUACUUAAUUAAAGUGAGGUGAAUUAAUUUUGAUCCAAUCCAAGGACUGAAUUAAUUUUGAUCAAGUCCAAGGACUGAAUUAAUUUUGAUCAAGUCCUCUGACUGGAUCAGUAUGCUUAACCAGGUAUCCAGUAUUAUCAUGUGAGCAAAAUAAAACAAUAUGAUUGGCUAAUAUACUCAUAUAUUAUUAAUGAGUUUGAGAUAUACUAACCUAAUAUACAUGGUUAAUGUCUAGAAAACAGGAAAUGCUCUACGUGCUCUUACAAAACUUGGUUCACUAAGUCUAAAGAAAGCAAAAUAGCUGAAAUAAUUGCUUUUCUUUUGGUUUCUCACUACGUGGACUGGAAGGAAAUGUUUGCUUCAUGUGUGGAGCUGGAAGUGACCGAAGAGAAAGAAUUUUCAAUGUUUGAACAUGAAAUGGAAGGACGGUGGAAUCUCUAAAUAAUAAUAAUAAUUUGUGACGGUUAAAAUUUGUAAAUAUGUCAAAUUAUUCAGGGGCUGGGCCAACAAAAUUAGAAAUGAACAGCAAUUUUUGUAUUUUAUCUAUGGAUAAAAACUCUUCAAAUAAUUUGACAAU